UUUUUUUUAAAAAUAAUAUUUUCUUUUUCUUUCAUAUCGGUCAAGCAUAAUUCCUCCCCGUCACAAAGGAUGCAAAAUGUCCGGCAGCGAUGUCGAACACGUUUCUUGCUUCCUUGACAGCAGCCGGCCGCACCACUUUCGGCGUCCUUCUUCCGCCAGUUCCAACCAAUCUUUCUACGACGCCCCGUCGAAUCUCUCUCUCGAGGCCUCUUUCGUCGCGCCCGCUUCUUCCCCUCCUCCCUCGUUUCCGACUUCGUAUCGUUUGCGACCGAAUUUCCUGCCUUCUCAUUCUUUCGCCGUCCCCACGUCCUUGAGCGAACAUCCUGAUCUUCUCCAACGACAAGGCGGUCGAGCUUCUCCCGACCCCGACGAUUAUUAUCGGCGGCAUCAAUCUCCAUUGGCAACAGAGAAUGAUACUGGGGUGGGCGCAGGCAAUACACUGACGGAUGGGGCCAAUAGCCAAGUGACCGCGGAGAAAACGUAUCCUACCCAAUUCCAGAGAGUGUCAUCGUUGCCGGCAGACGCAGACACCUUUGAGCCUUUGCGUAGAGCCCCGGGGCAAUACCGUUCGGCCUCCGACUCAUCCUAUAGAGGUCUUGGGCCCAAGUCCGUGAGGCCUCCCCCCGCACUAGCCUCGACCGCAAGGAAUCGACAGACCUCAUUUAAAGAUCUAAUCAACAGAUUCAAUCAGAACGUCGACCAGGUGCUUCCUGUUCCGCCCUCCGUCCCUUCCACACAACCGUCCCGAGCUGCGAGCCCAGUAGAUAGUGUGGACGGAUCGGUGCGAUCUCGCACCUCUUCACGAUUCAGAGACCUUCACGAAAUGUCAACAAACAAAAAGCAGCCCAUUGGGCGGUGGAACUCGAUAGGCUCGUCGCUGCAGGAAUCGCCAGAGGCUAAUUUUCCGCCCCCAUUGAGGGCCGCUUCUUUUGGCAGUCAAGCCCAGGUCAAUCAGGACGUGUCCAACUCACCUCGACGACAGAUGUUUGGCGAACUCCCCAAAGUCGACACGAACGUUAAUAAUUCAAACUUGGGAAUUCCGUCGCAUAUGCGACGGCGGGGAUCUGAAGGAAGUAUCCCCAGUCCCAAUCCAGCACUCUUAGAUCAGCCCGAUCAGACAUUUGGUCAGACGCCCCUCACCCCCACUGCAUGGUAUUUGGGGCAGACUCCAUUUUUAGAAGCAGUCAAUACAGGUGCUGCUAGCUCGAAUAAUCAUCGAAGGGUCCAAAGUGAUUUUUCUAGAAGUUUGUCGGUCAACCACGUCGUACCAACCUCUUUGAAUUCCCACAUGGCGGUUCCAGCCUCCUCUCCGCCAUCGGAACCGGGAACUCCUCCGCUCAGCCCGCAUUCCAAGUCUCGCAUUCCGAUCUCCUCUCACCAUACAAGCCCCGUUUCCGGGUCCGAAAAGCGUUGGCCCUCCCCUAAGGCCAGUUCGACCUUUAGCGGGCGCUCUGCCUCGCAAGUCCCCCUGCCACCCAAAGGCAUUAGCCGCCUUCCCAAACCAUCAUCGACCUCUCCCCCUCGCAUGAAAGACGAUAACGAGACCACGUUCGCAACAUCAUCCACCGCAAGACGGGAAACCGGUCGCGGUCGAAAUCGGCCCGAGAAAAACGGCCAUAUGCAAGCCUACAUAGCGGCUCCUCCCCCCCGGAAAUCACCCGCUUUGCGAAGCUCCCGACCUCGUCAACCUGUGACCAAAUCUGGCCCUACCACGUCGCGGUCUAGAGUGGUUGAAACGGUAUCAAAUUUUCAGAACCAAGCCAACCGUGGAGACCCGCGAAAUUCCAGGACGCGCGAACGAAGAUUACCAGAGCUGGGUAAUGUUGACUUUGCGACUAGACGGCAGAGAAUUCAGCAAGCGUUCAACCGAACCGUUCAGGAGAAUGAGAGAAAACAGGAAGAAGCUGAAGAACAACGUCGUGUCCAAGCAGAAGAAGAGCAGCAGGCUGACGCUCAGCCUCUCUCACCUGAUCAGCCACAACACGAAAGUAUCCCAACAGAUAUUCCGUCGCACGCUGAAGAUACAGCUACCGUGAUCGAGGAAAUAGUUCAGACUUGUGAUGAGGAGAAAAAGCCGGCGCCAGAAACAGGGGACUCCAGAGCACUCCCCCAGCUCCACAUCAACACGCAUGUGCAGAGGAUGAGAGUAAAUGCGGAUUUCCAUCCGAUGACGGCGAUGGAUUCUCCCACACUGGGCAUUCCUAUGAUGGGCAACAGGGGCCCGGAAAACAACAAAUCUUCCAAUUUGGCGCCUGUUUCUGCCGUUACAGCGGCGUCCAGCGAUACCCAUGUCACUACCUUUGACCCAGAGCCUCAAGUUGAGGUUCCUCAGCAGGACUUGAAUACAUCGCACCGUACUCUCUUGAGUCAAAUUAUGCAGAUCCGCGAGGACAGCCCUAGCAGCUCGUCAUGCGAUGAGCCGGAUUAUAGCUUCUCGGAUAAUGACGAAAGAGAGUCUAUUCCUAUUAUGCUGCGAAAUACCGCCUAUUUUGGCGACUCGGUGAACGGCAGCGAAAACCAUGGUCAUCGCAAUUAUUAUAUACAGCCGGAACCGCCUGGUCGUCCAAUGUCGAAUAGGUGGAGCAUGAGCUCCUGGUCGUCCUCCCUUCGCAAUCAGCACUCCACGGAUGAUCAUUGUGAAGGCAGCGGGGAUGAACUCUCGCAGGUUCCCCCAUCCGUGGAUGACGGUGGAAUGACUACACAGUCUUGCUCUGUCGCCUCGAGUACCCCUCCAUCCGUCAGCAUCCACCACUUUCCUGGGUUGCUGCCUCCAACUGAGCUUGAGCAAAAGAGCGAGAAUUCGUCAGGUCGGAAUACCAUGCUUUCUGAUGGACCAAGUCUUGUAAGACAAGGCGGAUGGAAUUCUACGCGUGUAACACAGCUCUACUUGGAGGAACUUGCUCGUGGCAGGGGAAAUAGCCUUUCGUUGCCAGGAGUGACUUCCUCCCCGGAGCCUCGCCGUUCGAACACCGAAAUGAGAACAGAAGAAAAGAGAAUGGAGGAAAGGAGAACGGAGGAAAAGAAAGCAGAGGAAAAGCCAAACAGUCUUACUGAUGACCCUGUCAUGGUGCCGAGCUUCGAGGACAUUGCUCCAGAUCAGAUACGCCAUUCGGCAACUCUUUCAUUCCGAGAUGACUGGGUGCAUGCUUCUCCGUCCAUUGCCGAUUGGAUGCAGGUCGCUGCUGAUGAUGAAUGCUCGCCAGUAGAGCAAAGGAAAACUGCUACUAGUCCUUUGAAUGAUGGUGUACCGACACCACGUUUAAUCACAUCAUCUAAUCCACAAGCAUCGAACGAUGAGGAAGUCGACGAAGGACUGGGCCUGGCCAUUCAUGUUCAAUCGCCUCAAGAGCUCGAAUCCACAGAAGCUUUUCCACCAAUGCCAUACUACCCCCCUCCCCAUUUUGAAACGCAGGAGACCAGUUCCAAGCAGGCACCCCCGCAGCUCAGCUCAACCAUCGAUCCCUCCCAACAGCAAUACAAUGGGUUGCCUCCUGUUGUUUUCGCCCCGCUGGGACUUGUUCACAGCACGGGAAGCAGCGACAACUUUUCACUCCGUCGACUUGAACCAACCCCGUCUCCGCACGCCGUGGACUCGUCGGCCACCUCCUUGGUUCCGUCGACCUCAGACUAUGCCAGCAUCGAGAAUCAAAAGGCCUCCCCAUCGCCCGAGCAGCGGCGUCUCAAGAAACGCCGACAUGUCAUCAAGGAACUGGUGGAUACUGAGUACAACUUUGGCAGAGAUAUGAAAGUCGUUGAUGAUAUUUACAAGGGCACCUCGAGCUCCUGCUUGGACCUUUCGACUGAUGAUGUGAAGAUUCUCUUUGCGAACUCUGAUCUAGUUGUGCAGUUUUCCAUGGGAUUCCAGGAUGCUCUCAAAACAGCAGCAAAAAGCGUUUACGUGAUGCCCAAGUCGCAGCGGUGGGCUAGUAAACGCAGCGCGCGCAAUAGCCACUUGAACCCCAAAAACGACCCGGCGUCUGCGACGGAGCCGGAGAUGUCAGAUCUGGAGAAGGAUCGAUCGACCUUCAUCGGACAGGCUUUCGUAACGCACAUGUCACAGAUGGAGAAGGUAUAUUCGGAUUACCUGAAGAAUCACGAUGCUGCCAAUAAGAAACUUCAGGCCCUGCAGCGGAACCCGAAGGUUGCUAUCUGGCUUAAGGAGUGCCGUGAUUGGGCGUCAGACUUGACAACUGCUUGGGACUUGGACUCGUUGCUUGUCAAGCCUGUGCAACGUAUCUUGAAAUACCCACUCCUUUUGACCGAGCUUCUGGAUUCAACGCCUAGCGACCACCCAGAUCGUGCUUCUCUCCUUACUGCGCUCGAAGAAGUCACUAGUAUUUCGGUUCGCAUAAACGAGCAGAAGAAGCGAGCCGACCUUGUUGGCCAGGUUGUCGGUCGAAAGCGAAAGGAGUCGGAUGUCAGAGCAGGUCUAUCGAAAGCAUUUGGCCGUCGUACUGAGAAGCUGAGGCAGCAAGUUGGCUUGUCUGACAUCUUUGAAGACAAGGAGUACGAUUCUCUCUCUCAGAGACUCGGCGAUGGUUUCUUCCAAUUGCAAGUCGUGAUGCGUGAUGUGGAGAUGUACACACGAGAGGCCCAAGGCUCUAUGGAACGGUUUGAAGAGUUUGUCGACGCAAUCGAUGGAUUCUUGGAUGUAGCGCAAUCGAAUUAUGCGGAUCUGGAGGGCAAGUGGCGGCACUUGAAGCUGCUUGUCCGGGACAUUAUGGUAACAGCAUUGCCUGAUCAUCUCGGCGUUGUUCGAAAGAGUGUCAUUGAUCCCAUGAUUACGUUGCUCAAGCUGUACGAAGGACCCCAGAGGGUCAUGCGAAAACGCGAUAAGCGCCUUAUGGACUAUGCCCGAUUUAAGGCUAUCAAGGACCGCGGUGACAAGCCCGACAAAAAGACUACUGAGCAAGGCGAACAGUUCGUGGCAUUGAACGAAACUCUCAAGGACGAACUUCCUAAGCUCUUUGGUCUUACUGCCAAAAUGAUGGAAGCUUGCUUGACCAAGUUCGUCCAAAUCCAAACCACUUGGUUUAGCGUGCUACAAAAGAAGCUUUCGCCCGCGAUCGACGCAUUCCCGGAUGAUCUGCAGAGGAUCAUCAACGACUGGGCCGGAGAUUUCACUUUCUCGGAGGCCCAAGUGCUAUCUCUUGGCAUUUGCAACGGCUCCUUGCUGGCUGACACGAUUAAUCUGGUGAACUUCAACACUCCCUCCACGGGAGCAAACAUCGGCUCACCCCGACGGCCAUCUACUACUAGUACCCGUGUUGGGUCUACUGUGGACGAAUCGCCUAAGGUAUCCCAUGAUUUCAGUGUUGGCAGCCGCGUUUUCCAGUCUCCCAGCAUUGAUAGCCAAUCUCAAGUAUCGACCGGUCGACAUCGUGCUGAUUCCACCAUUUCCGGACGUACUUCUGAAGCACCCGAAAUGCCACGAAGCCACCUUCUGCAGCAGAUCACUAGUGCUCCAGCAUCGUCGGGGCCCAUGCCUCAACAACCGAUCAACCAGGAGCCGUUCCCCAGCCUCCCUAGAUUGAGUCUAGAUACACCUUUCCUCGACGAUGUCGCCAACGUGAUUGGCCCCUCCACCUCGGCGAGCGAAAACCCACCAACAUCACCUGGUGGUCGCUAUUCCGGUUUCUUUUCAUCCGCGAUGCCCAUGUCUGAUGCACCAGAGGAGCCUGCGCCAGCAGCAGCGCCUGUUGAGAAUGAGCCUCCCAAAGAACCCAAUGUGCUGUUUCUCGCUGCUAGCAUCUACGAGUUCAACAUCGACCGUGCUCGUCGUGAAGCUGGGUAUCCUUACCUGACCUAUGUUGCAGGAGAGAUCUUUGAUGUCAUCGCAGAGAAAGGGGAGUUGUGGCUGGCUAAAAAUCAGGAUGACAAUACUCGCCAAGUUGGGUGGAUCUGGAACAAGCACUUUGCGAAACUUUCAGGAUGAAAUGUAUAGCCCUCCAUUCUGCAAUGCUUUAUUUUUCGUUUCGUUUUCCUAUCUUCCGUUCGAGCGUUGAUUGCUUUCUCAAAAAGCUCGAUACCCUCCUGCUCACUUUACAUUUUGACUUGAUUUUCCCCCUCCGUUUUCUUAGCCAUCUAUGAGGCGUUUGUUCAUUUUGUCUUUCUUCUUUGGUCCAAAGGACAGUUUACGAUUUGCUGGAAGUGUUCUGGUAUCUUGUUUGGUUGAUAUGUUUUUUUCUGAUAUGACUGG